AUGGCGUUCGCCAACGCGCUGCUGCGGUCGGGCCACGCGGGGAGCCCCGUGGUAGGGCUCGUCCCCUGCGCCGUGGGAGGCACGCGGAUGGCGGAGUGGGGCAAGGGCACCGAGCUCUACGCCGAGAUGCUGCGCCGCGCCAGGGUCGCCGUCGAGACCGGGGGACGCAUCGGGGCGCUGCUGUGGUACCAGGGGGAGAGCGACACCGUCAGGUGGUCCGACGCCACCGAGUACGGCCGCCGGAUGGGCAUGCUCGUCCGCGACCUCCGCGCCGAUCUCGGCAUCCCGCACCUCCUCGUCAUCCAGGUAGGGCUAGCAUCAGGCCUAGGACAGUAUACUCAAGUCGUACGGGAUGCUCAGAAAGGGAUCAAACUUCGCAACGUCAGAUUCGUUGAUGCAAUGGGGUUGCCAUUGCAAGAUGGCCAUCUGCAUCUAAGCACCCAAGCUCAAGUCCAGCUAGGACAUAUGUUGGCUCAGUCCUAUUUGAAUUAUGGUACAUCCCAACACUAG